UAAGCACAGUAUAAGUAUAUACAGUAUGGACACUAAGUUUUUUUAGUAGUACCCAAUUUUCAAUGCGCAUGCGUUAGUUCAUCCUACCAGGAAUAUGGCGGCCUCUAUAAGUGUAUACAUACGACAUAUAAGAUUAUUAGUAAAUAUUUUAUGUACAUAUUUAUUUACACAUACACACAUAUACACAUACCAAUAAUUCUAUAAUAAAACUAACAUAAAAUAACACACAAUAACAAUAAAAUGAUUAGAGGUGGGCACAGUUGUACUAUGCAUAACUGUCCAAAUAUUUCGGGACGAGUACCUGGGUUAAGCUUUUUUCGUUUCCCGAAAGAUGAAGAAAGAUGUAAGUUAUGGUUAAAAAAUUGCGGACGUACAAUUGAAGUUCCAACAGAGAAUUUAUAUAAAACAUACCGAGUUUGUGGAAAUCAUUUUGAUUCUACGAUGUUCUUAAAUGAUUUGAAGAAUCGCCUUCAAUCACACGCAGUUCCAAAACUUGCAAUAAAUUUAAACAUAGAAAACGAAAAUAUGGUACUCAAGUACAUAACUUUUGAAACUCAAGUACAUAACUCUUCAUUAAUUUCUGAUACUCAGUUAUAUUCUCCAUGUAAUGAUCAGGAUGUAAACAUUAUUAUAGAUCAAGACGAUCAAGACAAUCGAAGAAAUCAAGAAGUACAAACUGAACAAUCAUCUAUUAGACAAGAGAAGAAAAUAAAAACAGAUCGCAUAUUAUCUAUUCAUUCACCGCGAAAAACGAAAUUGAAAAAGAAAAUCCAUUUAUUACAAAGAAAAUUACGAAAAGUUAAGGAACAAUUAAAACAAAGAAAGCAAGUUAUACAAAGAACAGUAAGAAGUUCUCUCUGCCAGAAUAUUGUGAUGCAACAGAUCAAUUACUACCACCGUCUAUUGCGACUUUUGUGAAAGCUCAAGUCUAUCUAACUCAAAAACCGUCAAAGGUAACCAAUUUCAAAGAAUGAUAUUUGGAGGGUAAAUGUUCAAUUACCAAUUUCAAGAAAAUAUGAUCAUAUUUAGGGAAUGAAAUGGUAAUCUAUGCAGGAUAUUUGUUAAUUAACGACUAUUUUCACAGCAUUAUUUCUCGUAAAAAACUGAAGUAAAAAGUAUUAAAAAUGUCGAAACGUCAAUAGUUUACAAAAUAUAAGCAAUGGAAGAAAACAAGAUUUUUCACUAACAAUACUUUGGUCAAUCAAAUAAAUAAACAAAACAAUUUUCGUUAAUUAAUUUUAAUUGAUUUUUUUGUAAUACAAUUUUUAUUAAAAUGGCUCAAAACUUGUUGAUAAAAUUUUUUAUGAAAAAUAACGCUAUGAAAAAUAGUGUGUUUUAAUUAACAAUAGCCUGCAUAUGUAUAGUUACUUCAUUCAAGUUUAAUAAUACGUUGAGUAUUUUAAAUCGAUUGAAAGUAAAUAAUACAAGAAAUAAGUAUUAAACGCCGUUCAUUCGAGUUCAUUCACAAAAUCCAGUAGAGCAAUGGCAAAUUCUUAGUUAAUAGUUCACUGAUAAAGGCGGAAAACUUUUGCUAAAUAUUAUAUACAUAAUUAUAUAAGUGUAUGUAUAAAGAAAUUAUUUUCUUUGAUUAAUUCAUUUUCUUACACAUUUGCUUACGAACCAAUCAAUUUCUUUAUGCAUAUAAACUUAUGCAAAAGUUUGUGCUUUCGUUCUAAUGACUCAUAUAUAGCCGAAAAGUGUUCACAUUGGUAAUGAUUCAUAUAUAAGCAUCAUAUAUAAUUCUGCCCAUUUUCAACGGAUUUGCAUUAAUCUUAAUAUAUUCAUAUUUUUGCGAUCACUGACUAUGAAUCCAGCAUUAAAUUUAAAAAAUUAAUUGAAAACAUUUUGAAACAAAUAUGUUAUACUUGGAUGCAUUUCCUCAAAUAAAUUAAAAUUAAAUUUUAUUUACAAAUUAAAUCAAACUUAUGUCAUAAGACACAAUAUUUUAUGGUUUUAAAAUUUUAUAUACAAUAUAAUAUUUUUGAAAUAAAA